GAGCUCUUCCGGUGUCAAAGUUGACCGGCAGGGCUGUCAUGUCUUUGUUGCUUCUGUUGUGAAUAGAAGAGCGGCAUAUAUGGAAAAAUAACAGUUAUAUGUACAGAAGAAACUCGUUUAAACCUUACCCACAACAGUCAAACCACCCAAAAGAUGGAAGACAAGCUGAAUGGAUUCCCUGUUGUCUCCCCGGAGUAUCUUCAACAGUGGGUUCAGUCUGCACAGCAGUUUCAAGCUCUCCAGGCACAAUAUUCAGGCUUCAACCACAACCAUCAGUCUCACUACCCCGAGGGACAGACAGAAGAGCCAGCCAUGGCUCACAUGGCUUAUCCGGAACACAUGAUGGAUCAGCAGGAACCGGCCAACCUCGCAAAACCUCCAGCCAAAAAGAGAGGCAGACAAGCUCAACCCAAGGAACCCAAGGCACCCAAACCACCAAAAGUCCCCAAGGCACCAAAAGCACCAAAAGCACCAAAAGCACCGAAGGCACCGAAGCCACCAAAAGCACCUAAACCACCUAAGGACCCAAAUGCACCUAAAGCCAAACCUGGCCCUAAGCCCAAGAAGGCCACUGAGGCUCAGGCAGAUGGAAAGCAGGAGAAGAUUGAUGAGAGCUUCAAGAAGGUGAAAAGGAAAAUCGACCGCUUCAAGGGAAUGUCAGAAGAGGAAGUCAUGACAAAGACUCUGCCAGACCUGCUGGAAUACAACCUGGACUAUGUCAUUAUUGGUAUUAAUCCAGGACUGAUGGCAGCUUUCAUUGGACGGUGGUUUCCAGGUCCUGGAAAUCAUUUUUGGAAGUGCCUGUUUCUGUCUGGAUUCACUGAGGAGCAGCUGAACCACACGCACGACACCACCCUGCCUCUCAAGUACAAAAUGGGCUUCACCAACAUGGUGGCCAGGGCGACACCAGGAAGCAAAGACCUCUCAACUAAAGAGUUGCGCGAAGGAGGAAAGAUUCUCGUAGAGAAGCUGAUUAAGUUCAAGCCUCUCAUCGCUGUUUUUAAUGGAAAAUGCAUCUAUGAAAUGUUCUGCAGAGAGAUGUUUGGUAAGAAACCAAAGAAGCUUGAUUUUGGUUUGCAGCCACACAAGAUCCCCGACUGUGACGUGGCUCUGUAUCUGAUGCCGUCAUCCAGCGCCCGUUGUGCUCAGUUCCCUCGUGCGCAGGACAAAGUCCACUUCUACAUCAAACUGAGGGAGCUCAGAGAUCAGCUGAACGGUCUCCAAAAAAGCACAGAGGUCGAGGAGGUCGACUACUCGUUUGACCUGAAGUUGGCUAAGGAGUCGGCCAAGAAUGCAGCGAUAAAGGAGGAGCAGUACGAUCCCGGUUAUGAAGAUGCCUACGGUGGAGUGUAUGCAGAGAGAGGACCUGACGGGGAACCGACCCAAACCCAGACCAACGGUCACUGCACAUUCUCAACUGCAGAAAACACAGAAGGAGCGCAGGAGGCGACCACGUCACAAAUACCAGACGGCCAGCUCCCCGACGGACAGUGGAUGACCCAGUCCUUUGCAGAUCAGAUCCCGGACAUCAGCGGUGCACCAAAGGACGGCAGCGUAUAAGGAAAAGACUUAUUUUGUCAGGUUUUAGAUCGUUUUCCUUUUAAAUUAGUGUCCCAGUGGAAUAUACAGACAUAGAUGGACGUUUUGUUUUAGAGAUUUUGCAGAAUAUUCUGCACUUUUUAUUUUGUUUGUGAACUUGUAUUCAUGUAUCUUCACGGCGGUCCUUUUUAAAUAUGUGAAAUCAGGGACUUGACAAUGAUGCUCGACUGCCCUUGGAGAAGGUCAUGUAAUUAAACGUUUGUUUUUGCCUUUGUACUGUACCAUACUGCACUGUGAUGCAGUAUGUGUCAACAUUCACGUCUACUGUUUUGACAGUAGAUGCAGCUCCAGAUGGUUCUUUUAUAAGCGUGAUUGAUCAGUAGGAGCCUAAAUAAGCCUCGGUGCGAAUCGAGGAUUUAUAGCUCGUAAUUAUGUUUUACAUUCAUGGUGCUAUGAACUGAUCACUCAUGACGCGUGUCAGAGAAUCCACGCGGGGGGGGGGGGGGAUUCCUGGCAAGCCUUUCAAUAUAAUGUUACAGGUUAUAUUUUAAUCUUUUACCAUCACAUUUCUUGAUUUUUAGGACAUUUUAGAAUUAUGUUUUUUAUGUUGAUGAAAAUGUCAUUCACAAGGAAUUUUAUGAAACAUUUGUCCAUUAAAAUGUCUUGAUGAUGCUUUUUCUAUAUUAUUGGAUUACGUUGCAGUCGUUUUAACGGCAGCAAUUAGUCAAAUAAUCAGCAACUAAAAGGUUGUUCUGCAGAAAUGCAGUUUUCAGCCUCACACGUGGAGACUUCCUGCUUUUUUCUUGAGUUGUUAACUGAAUAUUUGGGUUUUGGACCAACAAAACAUUUUGGGUUUGAUAUUUCUCACUAUUUUCUGACAUGUUAUCGACCAAUUGAUUCAUCAGUAAUAAAAAUAAUGGUGAGUUUCAGCGUUAAGUUAAAGUGUCUGACAGCCUUUAGUUCAUUGAGGUGUUUUCAUGCUGUACAGAACAUGGAAGAGAAGUAACAUAAAGUAACACAGUAGAGGUUUGAUAUGCAA